CCCCCACAGCACCACACUGGGUGUUUUCUGUCUGUUCCUGGACACAGAUAAGACCUGCAGUGAGGUUAAACCCAUAGUGAAGAUGUUCUGAUGUGGCUGAAAACGGCUUAUUUUGGGGUAAUCGAGACCUGUAGUGAAUUUGUGUCUGGUGGGAAGUUGCAAGGUUCUGAGUUUGCUUCUGGCCUCAGAUGAGUGAACGUUUAUUAAGUCGCAAAUUACCUCCACUAAAGAUUGUUUGUUUAUUCUAUAUCUAUAUGGCUUCAUUUGACAGCACUUUGUGCUGCGUUUCUUGUAUGAAAGGUGUUACACAAAUAAAGCUUAUUAUUAUCUCUCGUGAUUUCUGCUGCUAAUAAUGAACAAUGCUUCAUUGUGAGCAAGACAAGAAUAUAUUUCUACAAGAAUGAGAAGUUUACUGAGAAAUGAUUUAAAAUGUCCCUGUUGGGUUAUCGAAUUUAUUGAUUAGCUCCUAGUAGAUCGACAGGAAUUGACGUACUUUACUUCUCUUGAUUGUUAACAUUACAGUAUGUAGCAGAGUAGCAAACAAGACAUCAAAGCAAGUUGUAAAAUUGAUGGUGCAUUUUGAAAAUAUGCAAUCGUGUUACUUAUUUCAAAAGGCUUUCGAGGUUGUUUUUUGUGUAAUAUUUGAGACGAAGGCUAGAUGUUAAAUACUCUGGGAUUACUGGGACUGACCAGCAAAGUUGUCUGAUAAUAAAAAAUUAACUUAAUUAUAAUUGGGGUAUGCAUGACUUUGUAGAAAAGAUUUGACAUUAGUUCAGAUUUUGUCAUUUUAAAUAAAUACACUAUGUAUAAAAUAUCCAUGAUCCAUCCAAAAUGGUUCAUGUGUCCUUGAACGUCUAUCACGUUAAUAAUGGAAUUGAGUAUCGAUCUCACCUCUAAUAACUGUACGAGGACUUGUAUUUUAAGGUACUGAAAUGUCAUACCUCUGGUAAUAGUGGGACAGACGUUUGCAGCUACAUGUGACUGGACAUACUACUCUAUUUAUAACAGCUGAGUGCAAGGCCCCGGUGACACAUAUGCAAGAACAGACGGACAUCAGAGCUGAAAUGUCCCCGCAGGGAGAAAGUACAAACACCUUCAAACUGGACACUUCGUCCUUCUGCAAAAGAUAGAGGAGCAUGUGAGGGAUCAAAAUGGAUGAUUUAGAUCACAGCAUGCACAUUGCAGAGUAUGACUGGACAAGCUUCUAUGAGGAGAGUGAGGAGUGUGGUCUGCAUCAACCCUCUCUUGCCUGCCCUGAUAGCGCCAAUCUCAGUGAUUCAGAGGAUUCAGGAAACUCAAGUUCAGUCUUUAGCACAGGCCAAAAGGGGCCACAGCAAAACUUUGCUGCAAACAGUGAUGAAGCUGAAAGCAGCGCUGCAGGAUGCUGCAUGGAGGAAGAGAACUACUCAGGUUGUGUAAAGUAUAUAUCAGGGCAGACUAUUCAGAGUGGUACAGGAGGAGGAGAAGAUGAUCUUACAACAAAAUGUGAAAUGUCUCUUGAUCUUUCUGUAGGAACCGCCAUCAACACAACAGGGCACAUCACAGAAGACACAGAUGACAACACCACAGCCACACUGCAAACUGAGCAACCGAGUGUGCAGUAUUCAGAUGAAGAACCAUCAGAGCUGAAAACAGAAGAUGGAGAUGCGCAAAUGGAGAGUGACAUUCGUGAAUUCAAAUCCAUACAGGAACGUGACCCACUUUCUUGCAACCGAGCAGAGAUAAAUGUGAAGGAGUCGCACACUUCAGACAGAGCUGUGAGUGAGGAUGUGAUUGCCGUUGCUUUAAGAGGAGAAAAAGAGCGCUGGUUCGUCACAGUGAAUGACAGUCCUGCACAACAGCGACUGCGUGCCGCCUCUGUGAAAAAAAAACGAAGACAAAGAAAAACUCGUAAGAGCAAUAACAUGUGCAGACUUGGACAAGAGAGAUCAGUUGGAAAUGGCUUAAAGUUACAGAUAAUGAAAGAUAAUUAUGAAUUCGAGGGAGGGACUGACACAGAGUAUGUCACACCAGAAAACCAAAACUCUGUGAAAAAAUCAGGAGGGUAUCCAAGUGCUGAAGAAGAUGCUGAGAGCACUCAGGCGGGAAUAAUUUCAGAUGCAUCACAAACGUCUUUAACCUCUGGUGAAGAAGACCUUUUGUCAGAAAAACUGGUGAUGUCUGAUUUCCCCAAAUACAAUACCAUUGAGCCAAUGAUAGACAGAAUAUCACACGACACAUUUACACCCAAAGACCCUUCACGGUCGGACAGUGUGGAGUCUGACGUUGUUGAGUUCUUCUCCAUUCACAGUUUUGAUUCUGAAAGCUAUCUGUCCGCUGCUGAAUCAGUAGAGGAACUCCAGCAACUUCUCGUGGAACAACAGCAAUUGCAAAGCUCAUUAUCUCUGACAGAGAACAACAAUCUGUUCAAUCUCACUGAGAAUACUGACGCAGACGAUACGCAGGACAGAGAAGUGCAUUCCUGUGAUAGCCCUCUCUCUUGCAAUGUAACAGCUACUAACUCUGAAGGUCAUGAAAGGGCCGAUGUUCAGCCCACACUGACAUUCCCAUCUGCCAGCGAGAGUGUUGACAAAACGCCAGAUGACAACGCCACAUGUGAUAACGACACACACAGCAUGCUGCCCUCGGAUACACGCGGACUCCAAAAACAUGAAAUGAGUCUUUCAGCAUCUGGUUGCUCUUCAGGAGAUCAUCUACUCCCCGUUCCUGAUGUAACUGUAACACCUUGCUCUGUGGCCGACAGCCCUGAAUCAUAUGCUGAAGCUGCGGGCCACAUUCGGCCUGUGUACGCCAUUUCUGCCUUUUGGGAUAAAAUGGAAAAAUUGACGAUAAAUGACAUUUUGCAGCUCAGGAUGAGUAGAAGGACCCCUCCCAGGGAAACACAAGAAACCGUGACACCAAACAUAGAUGAUCUCAGCUCUUUGGAUGACACUGUGGAGUACAAUUUGUCUGAUGUCGGUCUGAUGGACACAUCAGACACUGCUGACUCAGACUAUUUCACACAGCCGGAUGAAUCCAAGCCAGAUCCUUCAAGCUGUGAGUUUUCUACCUCCGAUAUUGAAGAAGAGUACUCGCAGUUUCUCGGCACCAGUAGGAACCCCACACCUGACCCUCGAAGCAAAAAACAACGACGCACGAGAGACUCUCCUAUCUUGGCACAUGAGGAAGAGGAGUCCACAAGCUCUGAAGGAAAGGAGACGCCUGUGCCUUCAGAAGACUUGGCAAGGAAGUGUUUCGAGGAUCAGGACUCAAAUGCUUUAAUUUCAAGCCAACUUGCACGGCCGAGACAAAUAACAAAAAGCAAAAGCGUGCACAAUGUACAAGCUCUCAACACAGAGGAUUUAUCUUUGCAGUUGUUACUUGGUAAUGACGAGAGCAGUCUGUUUCUCAGCAGCUGUCCAUCUCUGGAGGAAAACGUGUUUUUAAAAGCGCACGACAGCCUGUUAGCACUAAUACCGUCACCUUUUAUGGAAGAACAUUAUCAAAUAUUCUGCCCUGAAGUGUUUCAAUGCUUUGUCAGAGAGGAUAAAACAAAGAGUGACUUCCGCUGUGUCACCGUCUAUGAGCCAGAGGACAUCUCAGUGGCUCCUGUGAUCGACUUCCCUCUUUGGACACAUGAAAUGUCAUUCUCUUCCCUCCACGAUUUCCAGUGCAGCGAGGAGAAACCCAUCCCCAUUUUCUCUUGUUCUCAUCCCACCGUCAGAGAACUCACAUUCCCAAAUCCUCACUAUAUUUUCUUGAGUGCAGACUGCAAGGAGGACGACAUCUCUCCAUUCAGAGUCGUGUCUCACUCCUUCAUCCAGGGCAGUGAUUGUGGGGCAGCAGCAUCCAUAACUGGAUUUCACAGUUGGAACAAUUUGAUGACGAAGAUUCGCUUCCCGGACAAAGGUAGCAUCUGGUGCAGGAGAUCCGGCGCCUGGGUGUUUCCAGUUGAGGCUGAGAGGCUCACCAUCAAGAAUGCAGAUCCACCAUUAACAGCGCUAACUGAGAGAAGAGUCUCUUUUACUCCUUCUCAGUUAUCUAGAGAGCUAGCAGUACAGCAGAGAGUUUUGGAAACUAUCAAGACAACAAGACGAGAGGGCAUCUUCUCCACACUGAAGCAGUCAGAUAUGUGUUUGGUCUGCAUUGCUUUUGCCUCCUGGGUGUUAAAAUCUUCUGACCCAGAAGCUGCUGAUGCCUGGAAAGCAGCUCUGCUAGCAAAUGUGAGUGCGCUGUCGGCCAUCCAGUACCUGCGGCAGUAUGUGAAGAAGAAGCAUCCCUCUUAAGAUGAUCCCUGGUACGUAUAAGAGAGAAGAGAAGUCAUUUCCAAACAGUUUCACCUGGGUCCAUCCGUAAAAAUGUAUCUCCUGUAUAAAUAUGUUGCAGUAAUACUUCUGCUGCCUCAGAGUAUGCGUUGGUUUCCAAGUUACAAUACAGAUUGUAAAGGUAGAAGUUUGCAAACUUAUGUUUUAAGUUAUUUUCAGUCUGAAGCUAUAGUUGGACAUUUUUAGUGAAAGGAAGUUAAAGUCUGGUGAUAUUCGGUUUCUUAUUGUUCUUCCAAGAGACAAACCAACAACGAAUUGAUCUCAAUAACUAGUCUGUGCCACCGAAGUCUAUAGAUGUAGCUUAUUCCUCUAAGACCUCCAUUGUUGUCCAAAUACACUUCAUUACAAUGAAUAUGGAUGCUGCAGAGGGAGUCGCACAUACAAGAUCCUGCUGCCGUCACAACUCACUAACAAAUCAAGGUCGUUAACAUAUUUCCCAACAAAUGCACUAUUUCAAGAUUCUAGAUUUUUUAUUUAUCCUUCA